AUGUAUGAAAAGGGCACUGGAGAUAUAAAUUAUCCCAGAAACAAAGUUAUGACUAGUCCAAUUUGUCCUAUCGAUCUUGAACAUCUCCUAGUUCCGGCAAAUUCUCCGACUGGUUCACUGCAAUUACAUCAAUUCAUCGAUUUCAAGUCACAAACACCGAUCUCAAAAGAUAUAUUAAGACUUUCACGUUCAUCUUCUUCGAAUGGGAGCGAUAAAAAUCUGAAUAUCACUUCGAAACUUCUAAACCCUUUCAAUGACACCAUAUCAUCACAAUCUAGGCAUCUAAAUUCACUUAUAAAGCAACCGGAUGAGAAACCUCAGCUCGGUAGUAUCCCCAAGAAUAAUCCUGGAGAGAGUUUGUCAAAUCUGCCAAUGACUCCGUUAUCUUUCUUCGUCCAUAAUCUUGAUGGAUAUUCAAGGAAUUGUAAAAUGAACAGACGACCUACAAAUUUGAGUUCUUCACCAAGGGGAAUAUCAGAAAAUACAGGUGUCUUGAAGCCACUAAUUUUAGGUUCUCCAUUUUCAAAGAAUUUUUCUGGUGGUAGUCAGGACCCUACUCUCUUAAACAGCAUAUCUUCUCCUAGUAAGCUCAAAAAUAAUGCAACGAAGAUGGUAAGCCCAUUACUUUACGGGUCACCUUCUCAAAAAAAAGAGCGGCUGAGCUCAAUGGAAAUUGAUAGAGCCUUUUUGACAUCAGAACCGGAGGAUUCCAACGAUAUUUACUCAAACCUAUUUGGAUCUUCACAUUAUCAAGGGCUCCGUCAUUCAAGAGCAAUUUUUGAUAAUACGCUAGAUAACCCAUGGUAUAGUGACAGGCAUAAAGGCAAUCUUAAAGCGGAAAGAUUUAAAGCUGUAUCCAGCUCUAGGUCUAAUUCUCAUGACAUGAAAGCAACGUCGAAAAAUAAACCAAAAGCUGACACGAGGAUGAAAAGUGGCGUGCUUCAGAAAAAGGAUGGGAAUCGCAUUCAACUGACUUUCAAGAAGUCAGACGCUGAUAUCAGGAACUUCGUUCCAUCAAAAAUAUCGAAGAAAAAUAGAGAGCGCCAUGGCGUUAAAAAGAGAUCGGGAAAGCGACAUUCAAAGAUGCAAAACGAAAACUUUAAAAGAAAUCGACACGAUGCAUACGCCGUAGGCAAUCGAGACCUUAAAACACCUGAACUAGAUAUAUCCAAAUAUGAUGAUCAUGUGAUAGCUUCACUGGGGUCUGAUCAGACUCUGUUCUCAUUAGAUGAAGACAUGAAUGCCGAAAGGGGAUCAGAUGACGAGUAUGUGCCAGGGAAAUAUAGGCAAACAAGAAGUAAAAGAAAAUUAUCAAAGACAAAACAAAUUGAUCUCGAUUUAGAAAAGAAAAGAAGACUAGGACCAAGAUCCAAAAGUGGAUGUUGGACUUGUAGAGUUCGUCACAAAGCAUGUCCUGAAGAUAGGCCCGUAUGCAGCCAAUGUGUACGGCUUAACUUGAGAUGUGAUUAUUCUGACGUCAGACCAUCAUAUAUGACAGAUCCUCAUCAACAAAUGGCAAAGCUUAAGGAAAUCAGAACUAUAACAAGUCAGCAGAAGAAGAUCAACUUUGCGAAAAAAAAAAAAGUAUAUUAG